AUGGGGCCUCGAGGCGACGUGAGCUGUGCGCCUCGAAUACAAAUCGCAGAUAUCACCUUCUGGAAUAACAUGCAUGUUGUUACGCCCAUCACACACGUCAUAUUCGACUUCGACGGUCUUUUGGUGGACACUGAGCCGUGCUACACCAUCGCUAACGAGGCCAUCCUUAGCAAAUAUGGUUGUAAAUUUACAACGCAACUGAAAGGAGGAAUGAUGGGUCGAAAACCAUUGGAAGCUAUCGUGUGGUUACUAGAACAGGUAGGGUUGACGAAUCAAAUCACAGCAGAAGAUUAUGCUCUUCAAUAUGACAUCAUGCUGGCGGAAAUGUUCAAAAAAUGUCGCAGUCUACCUGGAGCUGAGCGUUUAGUUCGGCACUUGGCAAGUAAAGAAGUACCUAUGGCAAUAUGCUCGGGAUCUUGUAGUCGAAGUUUUGAAUGGAAGGCGGAAAACCACAGAAGUUGGAUUGAUCUCAUUCCGACCCAUGUGUUAUGCGGAGACGAUGAACACAUCAAGCGAGGAAAACCAUAUCCUGAUGGCUUCAUUGAGACCAUGAAGAGGUUCCCCAAACAACCGUCCGCCCCCUCUGACGUGCUAGUUUUCGAGGAUGCACCUAAUGGUGUGAAAGCAGCACUAGCUGCAGGGAUGCAUUGCGUUGUUGUGCCAGACAAAAUAUUCCUUGAGGAGGCCAGAACAUUAAAUGCCGACCAGCUUCUCUCAAGUUUGGAAGACUUCAAGCCUGAGGAAUUUGGUUUGCCAGCUUUUGAUUAAAAGGAUUUCUGAAUACCACUCUUGAUCUUUUUCUUCUUUUGUCUACGCCACGGCAUCCUUUACUCCACCGCACUAUCUGUUUGUUGGUGUCCUUUUUCUGAUUUUCAUUUUCUGGUAAUAUCGUUUCAUCUGUGAGUUGGUUGCAUGGACUAUACUAUUCAAUGGUGAAGUGUUAUGGUCAAUGGUAUUGAAGGCAGCGGCUUGGCAGAUUCUCGACUUGGGGUUUUUUUGCUUACCUGGAGUAAUUCGAGGCACU